ACAUUAUUAUUGUCUUCAAUCUCAAGAUUUUAACCUGAAAUUUCUCUCUCCUCCAGCUUUCUUCUCAUUUGCAUGUCUUCUUCUCUCUGAUUCUCUCUCUCUCUCUCUCUCUAAAACCCAUGUCCAUUUUUGUCCCAGAAAGUCCAGGCUUAUUAUUGGCUGCAAAUUCAACUAUUCCUACUAUGAUUAAACAAAUUCUCGCAAAACUCCCCCGAAAAUCAUCAAAAUCGAAUCAAAAUUAUUCAGACGGGAGCAAUGCGACUGCAGCCGCCGAUCUAACCAACAAUGGCAGCUUCACCAACACUUGUAACGUUAUUUCAAGUCGAUUAAACGUCGUUAAAAAGAUGUCAUCAUCUAUCUUCCCAACAUCCAAUGGCGAUAUGAUCCAGCCGCAUUUAUCGUUUAAAGAUGUCCAAAGUUCCGAAAAAUCAAGACUUCUUAUCAGUAAGUUGAAUCUUUGCUCGAUCGUAUACGAUUUUAACGAUCAAGAUAAAGAUAACGUAGAGAAAGAUCAAAAACGGCAAGUUUUAGUCGAGAUUCUCGAUUAUCUCGGUUCUGAUUCCGUAAAACUCUCCGAACCCGCCAUGUCAGCGAUCUGUAAAACAUGUGGCAAUAAUCUUUUUCGCGAGUUCCCUCCAAAAUACUCCGAUUCGCCACGUGGCGAAACGGAAGACGAAGAUCCAUGGUUUGAUCCAGCAUGGUCGCAUUUACAACUUGUUUACGAUAUACUCCUUAGAUUUGUUAGUUUAACUUCUCUUGAUCCGAAAGUUGCUAAACAAUAUAUCGAUCAUCCGUUCUUGUUAAAGUUACUAAAUCUCUUUGAUUCAGAGGACCCUCGAGAACGCGAUUGUUUGAAGUCGGUUUUACAUAGGAUUUAUGGCAAAUUUAUGGUUCACAGAUCGUUUAUCCGGAUGGCCGUUAGCAAUAUUAUGUAUCAGUUUGUAUACGAAACCGAAAAACACAAUGGUAUUGCUGAAUUACUGGAGAUUUUCGGGAGUGUGAUUAGCGGAUUCACGUUGCCAUUAAAGAAAGAGCACAAAGCGUUUUUGUCACGGGUUUUGAUUCCUCUUCAUAAACCGAAAUCCGUUGGUAGCUAUCAUCAUCAGUUAACGUAUUGUGUUGUUCAGUUUAUAGAAAAAGAUCCGAAGCUUACGAGUGUUGUGAUAAACGGGCUGCUAAAAUAUUGGCCCGUUACGAGUAGUCAGAAGCAGUUGAUGUUCUUGAGUGAGUUGGAAGAAGUGCUCGAGAUUAUUCGUACCGAUGAGUUUGAGAAAAUUAUGGUUCCAUUGUUUCGACGUGUAAAGUGUUGUCUUGACAGCUACCAUUUUCAGGUGGCGGAACGAGCACAUUUCUUAUGGAACAACGAGCACAUACGCCAUCUUAUAAUGUGUAACCGCCAAGUGAUUAUGCCUAUUGUCUUCUCCUCAAUACAACAAAACUCAAAGAAGCACAGGAACCGCACGGUUCUCAACCUAGCACAAAAUGUGAUGAAAAUGUUUAACGAUGCGGAUGAACAAUUGGUGCUUUCGUGCCAAGGCAAGGCUGAGGAGGACAAAUCAGCCACUACUAUGGUGGCCGAGAGGCGGAGAUUGACAUGGGAGCGCCUUGAAACCGUUGCAAGUGGUGGUUUUGGUUUUCAACACAUAGUUGGAAGUGUGUCGGUUUUAGAGAAAACCGACACCACCACAUGUGUCUCUUGCCAGUGACGCACUCGCUACGAGUUUAUGAACCGCUUAGAACGGGUUUUUCUAGAGAUGUCACAAAAUGGCAUGCGAAGGCGAAGGCCCUUGUUUAAUAUUGGUUUUUUGAGGUUUGAGAAUGUUUUUGAUCUCAUGUCAACAAUAGUGUUUAUGUAUAUUAAUGGUGUUGUGUCAUUCUUUUGUAACCUAGUGGUCACCCUUGUGACUUAAAUGGUUUGUUUUAACAAGAAACAAUUGUCAAAUCAUUUAACAA